UCGAAGCAAAUUGCAAAGCCAGCGAACCGAAUGUAACCGAAGUCUACCGAUUUGUUUCGAAACUCACAUCAAGCCAAGGAAUUCCAAAGUAUUCAAUUUAGUAUUGGAUUGUUGCCCGUCACGUUUUAACUUAGGGAGUUUUUAAAUUAUGAAAAUUGUGUAAAACGCGUGUAGGACGUUUAGCUGGUUUCUACCAAAAUGUCCGCGUCGUGAGUUCUGUGUUUACUAUAAACAUAAGCGUUAUUAUCCUAUUUCUCACCUUUAUUAAACUCAUUUUGAUGAGAGUGGUACCAGUGCAGAUCUAAUUAAGGAUUAUAAAAGGCAAGUGAACAACAAGUCUUCCGUACCUCGGUACUAACAUUUGUUAGUUGAUUCAUCAUCGUGUAAGAAAGAAACAUUCCUCAUGAAUUGGACUUGUCGAAGGGUGAAAAGUGUGAGCAGGUUAGUCAAAGAGAGUUGUUUGAUGUAGCGAAUAAGUGGAAGUAGCGUGUAUCGAAAUAAAGAAAAGGCAAAAAUUUGCCGAUGAUAAUAUGAACAUGAGGUUACUGAUACGCGCGCUGCCGUUACUUUUGCUGGGAGUGGCAACUCAAUGGAUGGGAGCACGUGCUCAUGUCGCUCUUACGUUUCCACCAGCUAGAAAAUAUGACCUCGACUUUCUGGAUAACGCUAGAACACCUGGACCAUGCGGCAUGCCUCGAGGUGACACCAAGACCACUCUGUUGUCCGGAAGUAUGUUAAAUGUGACAUGGCAUCUUGCAUACCCACAUAAAGGAGGAUUCAGGUUACAAAUUUUAGAUGCAUUGGAUAGGCCUCUCAUUGAUCUUACUCCAGUAACAGGUCAAAGUGAAUUCGUCAGAGUUGACGCUACUGCACAAAGCUAUCCAAUCAAGAUACCUCACAACUUCACUUGUACUGACUGCACGGUGAGAUUGCUUCGAGAAGCUGAGGAAUGGGGUCCAUCUUACCGAUUUUGGUCGUGUUCCAAUGUCGACAUUAUCGACAGAAAAACGUAUAGAGAAAAUUGUAGUGGUCAUGGAAGGUACCUGUUAGGCAGAUGCAGAUGUGAUUUGUUUUAUCAUGGUGCUAAGUGCCAAUACAAAGAAGAGUGCAUGGAUGACUCAGACUGUGGGACGCAGGGUGCUUGCAUUGAUAAUGGCGGUACUACUCCACCAACAAAAUAUUGUUACUGUAAUGUUGGAUGGUUCGGUUCAGGCUGCUCAAAAAGAUCAGCCGUUAGAAACACAGAUAUAGAUUUGCAAUCUUAUACUAAGAAGAAAUUCUCUGACGAAUUUACAUUUUAUUGGAGGAUACUCAAGGACACUCACGAACUUGAAGGAGUUGCAGUGGUGAAUGGUACAUCAUGGAUUGGCGUUGGAUGGAGACCUAGUUCUUUAACACCUGCUUGUAAAGCGUUUCCAGAAAUUAAAGAUCGUCCCUCCGAUAAUGUCGUUGCAGAACCUCUUCCACAACCAGAACCAAAAUCAGAACCAGAGCCUACUUCAGAACCCGAAUCCAAAUUUCAGACUGAGCCAAAAGCAGAACUGGAACCCAAAUCCGAACCAGAACCUAAAUCAGAAGCAGAAACAAGAAUUUCAGUGGAACCAAAGUUCAAACCAAUUGUCAGAAAACACACAAGAGAAAGUCUUUAUAAACCCAAUAUUCCAGCACUAAACAGUGAGCCAGAAGCUGAACCUGAAUCUGCUUCAGUUAGAUCAGGUGGAACUAAAAGGAGAUCAGCUAAAGUAGAUGGCGCUACUCGGAGACCUGAGUCUGAUGUCACUGUUCAAACUAGCGUAACAUUCCACGUCAGCACAAAGCAAGGUCGUAGAAGGCGAACACCGCAGGCAAUACCAGAACCAACUGGGAAACCAGUUAGUGGGUCUACAACCCACAACGUCGACACUGAGCCUCAUUCUGAACCAGAACCUAUAUCUGAACCAGAACCUAGAUCUGAACCAGAACCCAUAUCUGAACCUGAACCCAAAUCCGAACCAGAACCCAAAUCUGAAUCACAACCCAAAUCUGAACCAGAACCAAAAUCUGAACCAAAAUCCGAACCAGAACCAAAAUCUGAACCAGAACCUACAUCCGAACCAGAACCAAAAUCUGAACUAGAAUCCAAAACCGAACCAAAAUCUGAACCAGAACCUAAAUCCGAACCAGAACCAAAAUCUGAGGCAGAACCCAAAUCUGAACCAGAACCUAAAUCCGAACCAGAACCAAAUUCCGAGCCAGAAUCAAAACCUGAACCGGAAAUAAAUGUGGAACCUGAACCUCAUUCUAAAGUUUCUGACAAAUCAGGAAAUAUACAAGCUGGUGCUGGACCAUUUAUACACAAGUAUACUCCACGGCACGAUUUUAAUCCAAUGGACUGCACUGAUAUAGUAAUUGGUAUGGCUCGUGGGAUGAGACACAAAAUUGGCGAUUAUUACACCAGAGAUAGAUCUACUCCUCGCUUAGAUAGUUUCUGGGGAGGUCAAGAUAGUUUAACGGCUGCAAUGGGAUUCGAACGUGAUGGAGUUACUACUAUAAUGUUUAGAAAAAAACUCACAUCAACAGAAGGAUUUACAGAUCACGAUAUUAUUGAUGGUGAUAUGCAUGUCAUUUGGGCGAAGGGACAGGAACCUGGAAAAUAUAUUCACUCUCCGCCAAGUGGAGUUGAGGAGACAAAAGUUAGUGUUAAAGAUUUCUACAAAAGUGAUGAACUCAAGUAUCAUGGUCAUAAAUCUCAAAGGGGUGUAGCAACCAUAAACUUUCUUGACGAAAGCGGAAAAUCAAACUUUGGUGCCGGAAUGCCUUUAGAAGGUGGUGGUUGCGGAGGGGAAUGGCGAUACCCCAGACAGUGUUCGCCAAAGAAAGGAACCUGUGAAUACAGAAUUAAAUGGCAAUACAAAAAGAGAGAGGAUAAAAUAUACUUCACAAUUGUGACAAAUAAUACCGAUACCUGGACUGGUGUGGGAUUUUCCGAAAAUGAGAAAAUGAGUCAAACUGACGCCAUCCUCGGAUGGGUCGAUAAGUCUAAUGGAAGGCCAUUUAUUAUGGAUACUUGGAUUAACGGGUACAAUGCACCUCUUUUGGAUGCGUCUCAGGACAUUUACAAUAUUAGUGGAAAAAUUGAGAAAGGAGAAACCACUUUGAUGUUUUCAAGAAAACGCAUUACCAAAGACUACAAAGACCUCUCAUUUACUGAUGACAAAUGUCUCUACAUGAUGUUUCCAGUAAAAGGAGGAAAUUUCCAUGCAGUUAAUAAAAAAAUUAAACCUCACAAUGCAGUACCUAUAGUUUCUGGUGAUAAGAUUUGUAUAAAAUCUUGUGGAUUUGAUGAUGAUGUUGAAAUUACUACUCCCGCUCCACCAAGACUUUUCUACGAGGUCGAAGUGAAAUUAGUUAAUCUGGGUGCUAGUUAUACUGCUCCACGAUUUGGUACUCAAGAUUUUGAUGACAUUUCAAAUACCAUAACUGAGAGCUUCAAAUCAACAUUGAAUAAAGUACCAGGCUUUUACAAUCUUAGGCUUGAUGACUUACGAAGUGCUAAUGAUGAUGGCGUCUAUGCGAAGAUGAUCCUGGCAAUUGACAAAAACGAAAUCAAGGGUAGAUCUAUUUUGCCUGCGGAUACAAUGGCCAUGACAAAAUCAAUCCUUCAAGAUGCUCUUACCAAUGGAAGAGUUGGUAGUCUAUCAGUUGAUCCACAAUAUUUAGACGUUCGUCAAUACAGAACCAAUUUAAUAGACGACGAUCUGGAUGUUCAAGAAAAUCGAAAUGAAGUUUCAAAGAAGUCUUUUUGGGAAUCGCCACAGUUUUAUCCUAUUAUUGGAUGUCUCACAGCAUUAGUAGCUCUCUGUUUAUUACAAGCUACCUGCACAAUUUAUCGAGCUUCAAGAAAGAAAACGCCAAAGGACCGACUGAUUGCAAAGAACGCAUGGAGAGACUAUUCAACAGGUGCAAAUACUAACUUUGCUUUUGAGGCCUUUGAAACUGAAGAAAAGGCACAUCCUCCUCCCGUGUCAAGUCUUCCUCGUCCUAGGGAAAUGAUUGGUCCCUCUAAUGGAAUCUUGUUAGAUGAUCAAAUUCAGCAUCAACAUAAGUUUCAACACCUAGAACAGCAACAUUCUCGUAAUAAUAUUGGAACGAUGGUUCCAGGUCCUAGAGCUACUUAUAGUCUUCCUAGGGCACCAGGUUACAGACAUUCCACAGGAAUCGCUUCCUCUUCAGGUCCUCAAUCUCAGGGUUAUUACACUCAGGACCGUCGUAAUAUGCAACGAUUUAAGCAUCCCAACCAAGUACAUUCUAGCUCCCAGUCUGUGCUUCCACCGCAGCCAGAUUUUUACUUUAUGCCCAGUCAGAGAAAAUACAGUGGUGAAGUCGUCCGCGUUUACGUCGACUAUGGAAAUCCCAAAAAUAAAUAAUCAACUACAAAUUGUGGUUAACCGCAUAGACUCGCUCAAGAGUGAGAGUUUUAAACUUUCGCUUCACAUUGUUACCGAGUAGCUUUCCGGUAAAGCAAGUUGUAAAUAAGCAUUGCUCACAGCUUCCUAUUCGCCACGUGUCAGUGUUAUAUAUUUUAAGCUAUUACUCAUCAAGUGAAGUUAAAAUUUUUCUGUACUUUUUUUAAACUUGUGUUUAUUUAACAACUUCAAUAAUGUGGAUUAAAUUUGAUUUUUAAAUUUAAAUUUGAAAAAUUUAACAAGAAGAUAGUUUUUUCAUAAAUCAGUUGCAUGACAUUCUUCUUAGAAAUUGUGCACUCAACUAAAAAGACAUGUGAUGAGUACGAUAAAUUGAGCAUGCAUGUACAUUCACUCGAUCCGAGUAAUUACCAAGUAAAAUUUAAGUGAAGAUGUAUUUUUAAGUUAUCUUAUGCUACUGUUUAAUGUAAAAUAAAUAGGCUCCAGUUUAAGUGUCAAAAUAUUGUUUUAAGUUUAGCCCUAGAAUGACACACUAAGUCUAUUUGAGCCAUAUAUUUUUCUGCUAAACUUCUCUUAAUACAAAAGAAAAGGAGAUUAUGUAAUUGUUAAUGAUUUAAUAAUUCUAUCAGCAUUAUACAUAUAGAGAUACUAAGAUCCAGAAUUUUUUUCUUCUUAAUCAAAAGAGUGCUAUAUUCGGACAAUUAAUAUGUUUGGGAAAAUGUAAGAAACUCCUGAGAUAAUUUACUUCAAUCAUUUCAUACGGUGAAUAAUGAAUUGAGGACUAUGUAUUAAUAAAGAAAAUAUAUCAUAUUUGUACAUUUUUAACCCAAA